AUGUCUGUCAACAGAGUGGCUUUUAUAAGUGAUUUCCCUUUCUUUUUUUCUACAACAGGACGCAUGGGCCUCAACUUCCAUCAUCCUGGAGCAGAACACAUCAUGCCACUGAAUACCCGGAGCUAUGGCCGCAGAAGAGGCCGUUCCUGUCUUUUUCCCUUUGAAGAUGGUUUCCUGGACGACGGUCACGGUGACCCCUCUUUGACCCCGGGCCUGAACUCGCCGACCCGCUGCCAGAACGGAGAGAGGAUGGAGCGCUACUCCAGGAAGGUCUUUGUCGGAGGCCUCCCCCCUGACAUAGAUGAAGAUGAGAUCACCAACAGUUUCCGUCGCUAUGGGCACCUGGUGGUGGACUGGCCCCACAAAGCGGAGAGCAAGUCCUACUUCCCACCUAAAGGCUAUGCCUUCCUGCUCUUCCAGGAAGAGACUUCUGUCCAGGCCUUGAUCGACGCCUGCAUCGAGGAGGACGGCAAGCUGUACCUGUGUGUGUCCAGUCCCACCAUCAAAGACAAACCGGUCCAGAUCCGUCCCUGGAACUUGAGCGACAGCGACUUUGUCAUGGACGGCUCCCAGCCUCUGGACCCCCGCAAAACCAUCUUUGUGGGGGGGGUGCCGCGGCCCCUUCGUGCCGUGGAGCUGGCUAUGAUCAUGGACCGGCUGUACGGAGGUGUUUGCUACGCUGGCAUCGACACCGACCCGGAGCUCAAAUAUCCAAAGGGCGCGGGGCGCGUGGCCUUCUCCAAUCAGCAGAGCUACAUCGCCGCCAUCAGCGCUCGCUUCGUUCAGCUGCAGCACAAUGACAUCGACAAAAGGGUGGAGGUGAAGCCGUACGUCUUGGACGACCAGAUGUGUGAUGAGUGCCAGGGGGCUCGCUGUGGGGGGAAGUUCGCCCCCUUCUUCUGUGCCAACGUCACUUGCCUGCAGUACUACUGCGAGUACUGCUGGGCCAGCAUCCACUCACGAGCCGGACGAGAGUUUCACAAGCCACUGGUGAAGGAAGGAGGCGACCGCCCCCGACACGUGUCCUUCCGCUGGAGCUGAGGGGGGGUAUACCAGUCAGCCCUGCCCGGGUGAACCCACACUCAACCCCGACAGGCAGCGCUGCAACACCCCCCAUACACACACACACACACACACACACACACACACACACACACACACACACACACACACACACAGCCCCACCCCACUCCCCACAAACAUGAAAAAAGUAAACGGAUACCGUCUAAACCAUGGGACUGUCUUCAUACCACACGGCUUCGAACUCAUUGUCUACCCCUCCGAUGAAGCAUUGUUGGGGAAUGAAAUGCGAAAGUCUAUCAACUUAGAAUUGCACUUGCACAAAAUCUCACUACACACACACACACACACACACACACACACACACACACACACACACACACACACACAGGAUGGUACGUUAGACACCUGGCUACUUUCAGUUGCCCGCUGUUUUGAGCAGUUGGUGUGGUACGUCUUCCUCACCGAGACGUGAGGUAGACCUUACAAAUAUUUAAAAAAGUAUAUAUUUUUUGUUUUGUACCUAUCUAUACAUAUAUAGAUAAUUUAAAUUGUAUGUAAAAGGAGCAUGCACUUAUUUUGAAAAGCUGUAGUUAUAUUGCCCCUACUUAAAAAAAAAUUACCAAAGGCAAAUGAAAUGAAUGCAUACAGAAAAGCUGAAAAGGUGGCAUAAGAUGUAGCAAAGCAGCUAUCCAGUAGUGUGGGUCCGUAUCGCCCUGAGUAAAAAUAACACGGCUAUAUUCGCAAUCAAUUUUGACUCUGAGAAUAGUAAUACCUCAUAUGCGCAAUCAGAUUAGUUUGCUUUUGAUUUCUAGGUCUUUAUUUUUAUAAUAACAUAAUUUUUUAGUGUUAUGUAAAUGUAUGCUGCAAUAGCUUUGCUGCUAAAUCCAUGGUAUAAACGGAUACCAUAAGUACUUUAUUCAGGCUAAAAUAAUGAGAUCAAGAGAAGAUCCUGGUGUUGUAAAAUGACGAGCUGUCAACGGGGGAGGGGGGGCCCCUGUGAAACGAUGGUUACCUUUGUGGGGAGGUCGGGGGUGGGUCGCCCCUAACUGCAUGUUUAUUUCAAUCAGGUUGCUGCAUGCAAUAGACUUUUCAGUAUCAUGUCUACUAUUCGAUUCUGCCCAUGUUUGCACAACACACUAUAGGCGUACAUUCAAACCGCAGGAAUCUGGACAGAAAGUCAGGAAGUCGUGAUUGGAGGAGUCAUGACGACUCUGCGUCGCUAAACGUUCUAACGGAAGAAAGCGCCUUUACGAACAGGCAGUGAACACAUCCAGAUGACAGGGAGGCAAAAAAAAACAACCUUAAUAAUCACAAAUCAAAUUAAAUGUAGGAUUACCAUUUAAAACUGUCUAUGAUAGGUGAAGUAACUUUUUGCAGUGAUUGUUGAUAUAAUUGUGCAAUUUUUUAUACCGUAUGUAGUUAGGUCUGAGUAUGCCUAGAACUGUGAUUCGCUUUAACUGUCGUCAAUGUCCGACAUAGAAGUCCUGUGAAACUUCAUAACUAGUGUAUGCACACGUAUAUAUGUUCUCUUGUACACACACUUGCACCAGUAUACAUGGAAGCCUCUCGACACGCAUAAAUACAUAAAUACACACACACACACACACACACACACACACACACACACACACACACACACACACACACACACACACACACACACACCCACAUGGACGGCUGUCUUUCUUACGCACACAUACAGGCCUAUGAUUCCACAGUCUGAUCUGAAGAGAAGACAAUGUGAGCUUAAACUGAGAACUGAGAUCUUUCUUUGAUUUGUUCCGUCGUCAACACAAAAAACAACCCACGUUAAUGUCUCGGAACGCAACCAAAGAGCUCACGUGUUUUUAACGGACGCCUAACACGCAGAGCCAACUGCAGCUCGUAAUGGCUGAAGAGGCAGUCGAUUAAAUGAGGAAAGAGGGCAGUUGGAAGAAGAAUUGGGGGGGGGGUUAACAAUCAAACAUUAAGCUACUGGAGACUUGAGGCUGAUAAACUGAGCUAUGCACAGGCUCUCACCAUAUUGCUGGGGAGGGUACAGGGGAAUAAUAGAGUGCUGCAGGAAUCCUAAAACACCCGGAGAUUAGUCAGCAUUUCGCCCUUUUGCCGGUUCCCUUUUCUCUAAGUCAAUGGGUUGUUUUAAUAGGUUUUGUUAGACGCCUGAAAUCAGGUAUGUGGUUGACACAAGCUAAAGAGGCUUAAAAGUUAAGUUAAACAACAUAAAAUACAUCCGGAUAUACCCCACUCACUUUGAAGGUUUAACGCAUCUUAAAAAAGGUGGUUGCUAAUGGCGGUUAGCUCAACGGUGGUGACCUUGAAGUUGUGACUAACCUUUUACAUCUAUCUUCAUUUGUUUGAUUCUCCCGAUCCCGUUUGUUUGAGCUGAUAUAUUCUACAGUUAUCCAAAAUCCUAUUUGAAGAUCCCUUUGAUUUUUCCCAAGGGAACCAGGGCGAUGCUAACUUCCGGGUUGGCUUACAGAAAUACGUUAUCCCUGCACCACUCUAUUGUUAAAACGUGCCGAUGUGCAACCAUAUUUAUCCAGAUUUUUUUUUUCCUGCAAAGCUUGAAGUAAUGGACCUGCUUAAAGGUGGACAUAUAUUUCUCUUAGUUUAAAUUAAAAGGUUAUGGUUCGCAGUUCAAACAAGAUGGAGGGGUGGGCGUGGGCUGCCGAAGAAAAGGCGGCUCCUUUUCAGGGUUAGGGGCUGAGGGGGGGCCAAGCUACACUGGUUUUAGCCGUUUUUUGGACAAUCCGAACGGGAUCUUACAUCCUUGCAAGUAAAUGUGUCGUCCCUUCUUUUUGUCCGUGAGUUGUGAUUGUCCUGUGUUGGCGGCCCGUAGUCCCUUUCCUCUUUCUCGUUUCAGUCGCAAACUGUUUUGUUUUUUUUGCUUUAGGAAAGAGGUUUUUGUUGUCUAAGCAAACUUAUUGAAACAAAGCAGAAGAUACUUUUUUUACUGAUAUAAAAAAAGACUUAAAAAAGAAGAGGCUAACCACGAGUAAUAAUAAGUAUCCCUAUGAAAGUGAAUUCUGGGUGUUUUUGUGAUAUUUCUUUCCCCACCCAGACAGGUUUUCUAUGUUUGUUCCUUCUCUAUGAUAGAUAUUUGUUAUGCACUACUCUUUGUAUCGGAACAGUUUUGAACGGUCAGCAGUUCUUUUUGUUAAGAGACAAAAAAAAGAAGAUGAUAAAGCGUGCUUUCUGACUGACAAGAUCUUUUGCAAUACCUCAAUUUUGAAAUAUAUUAGGAGAGAAACUGAUAUUUUCUAAGUAAGUUUAUUCAGAUGAAAAAAUAUAUAUUAAUUUAAUUCUUCAAGAGACAAUGAUUUAACAGAUGGUUGAUUUUUAUUUUAUUUUAUCAUGCUUAUUUGCUUUUAUUUUAAGAAUUUAUUUUUUUGAAAAGACAACAACUGAAGGAGCUAGAGCUUUAUAACUAAUAUAAUAAUGUAGUACGUGAGAGUGCAGUGAGCGUGAGUGUCCCACUGGUCGAAUUGGUCGAAACAUCAGAGAUAAGCUCUUUAGGAAAGAAAAUAAACUAUCAGGUGCUCAGAGAUAAAACUGAACAUGUUUCCCACGUUUUUGUAUAUUUAUAAUCAAUCAUUUACUAUGCUGACCAGAGUUGUGAAAGAGAUCUUCUGUUCAUUAUUUUUUUAAGAGAAGUUUUUUAUGUUUCCUAAAAGUAUGUGCUCCCUUUUGUUUUGUAAAAAAGCAACGUGACGCUGAUUAGGUAGCCUAACGUCGUUGGGAGAAAAAUAAAAAGAGACUUGUGAGAGUCACACAGCUGGAGGUAGAGAGGCGAGAAUGUUAUUUUUAAACACAGACAGACACACGUGUUUUCACCUGUAACUUGAUCGAAAGCCCCCGAGGUGCAUCAAUUGACUGGUGGCCUUCUAUUCACGCAAGACUUGAAUUAAUCCCAUUUUAAGGCUAAGAAACUUGAUUCUUUGUUGUAAUGUGCAAUACUGUUUGUACUGUUUGUAGAAAAGAAGAAAACAAGAAAAAGAGGCAUAAAUCUUUAUUGCAGAAUUAUUUUCAUUGCAAGCAUUGUGAUUCACUAAAAUCAUUUUCUACUGUGUAUUUACCUACUCUACCUGCUAGUACCUUCCAGUAGUAAUGUAGCCUUUGUACUGAGAAAUUUUCAUUAUUUUUAGAAAGUUUUUGCUAAAAAAGAAAAGAAUUUAAACAUAUUUACAUAUUUUCCUUUUUAUUUCGUAUUGCUUUCUUUACAGACUUAUUUCUCAACCAUUAUUUCUGGGGGAGACUUUCAUAUCUGGUCAAUAUCAUUAAUAUUAUUUUGUAUUUUUACUUGGAAUAAAUUAAUUUUAUGAUGCUAAUUCUUUAAAAGUUUAUUUUUUCGUUUGUUCACCUUUUUCAUUUUUUUAAAGCUGAAAAAAAAGUUUGUAAUAUUGUUACUAAAGUGUCUCGAUUCUUGAAAUGCUAAGCUUUAUGUGUUAACUCACUGAUGUUGCUUACAUUAGUGUGAAACUGAUCCAUGGAGAAAAGAAAAAGAAACUCUUCACAAACAGCAGACUGGUGGUUGGUGAUGUUUAAGUGAUUUGCAAUGUAUACAAAUGAAUGGGCAAUAAAAUAAAAAUGGCAGAAUGGAGCAUACAUGCAGUAUGUUGUGAUGUAAUUGUGGAAGAUGGGCAACAACACUGACAAUUGACAUUGCUUCUGCUAUUCCCAAACUACUACUACUACUACUACUACUACUACUACUACAACUAUUACAAUUACUACUGCUGCUGCUGCAACUAUUACCACUAACUACAAUAACUCCUCCUCACUUCGUGCAGUGGAGGGCAACAUUUCCUCACAUAUGAAAUAUUCUCUUCUUAGUAGUUGGUUCAGUCCCUGCAUUGUGCACUGGUGUGAUUGUAUUUAAGUAUGAAUGUAAAUGUAGAGAUUCAUUGUGUAAUAUACAAAUGUUUGGGAAAGGCAUGUGUAACUGUAGAAUCUUAAUUAUUCAUUGGAGAGAUUGGUCUUAAGUGUUUUUGUCUUACCCAACUUUUGAUUAUGGCGGUCUACUUUGUAUUUAAAAUUUCAAAAUUAACUUUUGCUCUCUUUAAAAAACAAUAGUUUGACCUUUUUGUGAGUUAAUUUGUCUUCUUGCCAAGAUAAAGAGUUGAAAACGGACACCUGGGCCUACGAUACAUAAAGAGCUGCACAUUUUUAGCUUAGCCUAGCAUUAGCACUCUGCUAAAUCCCCCCCAAAAAAGAAAAACUAUAGCUCAUAGUUAAGUGUAAACGUUUUACAUGUUGUACUUAUUGUUGUUUGAGCACAGAUUACAUGUUUUGACAUCCUAAAGCCUUGUUUUAUAGGUAUAGAAGGAUUUAUUAGCUAAGUGAGCUAGCAUAGCAUAGGUACUGGAGGCCAAUAAUGUGCUUAACAGCACCUCCAAAGCUAUUCUUGUUUGGAAGCAGUGAAGUGCUUCAAAAUAAACUAAUGUAUAAUUUUAAAUGAAAAAAAGCGUUGUUUCGUAUGAAUGUAUCAAAUAAGCUAUAAUUUGCGUAAGCUUUUAACAAAGGCAGGAUAGUUUCAACAAUCUACAUGCUAGGCUAAGCUAACGAACAUCAGGCUAAAGCUUCAUAAGACUUCAAACAAAGGUAAAUCCCAAAAUGUCAAACAUGUUUUUUUUUACUUUCUUUCAUGUCCUCAAAAAAGAGACUUCAGUGCAAAUGUGAGAAUGUUAUUUCUGGCUGGCCUUUUCUACCAGUGUAUGCAGCUGAAGCUAAAACCAAGCACCCCCACCCCAUGUUUUUCACUUCUCUCUCCCCCUGGGCUCUGUAUUAUUCACCACCACCAAGUAUGUAUCCAUCUCUUUGUCCUGGCCUUUUAUUUAAGUGUGUGUGCAAAUGAAAUAGACCACGAGUUGGGUGAUUUUAAAUAUUCUUCUCUAUAGAUAUACGUAUGUAUUUCAUGUAACUAGACUUGGGUAGCGUACUGUAUAUUCACUUCUGCUUCACGGGCGUUCUCUGGGUAGGUAAACACUGUCGGUCUCGUCAUGUUGUGAUCUCAAAAUAGAUGAAAAAAAAAAAAGUGCUUUCUUCCCCACAAACAUCCCACUACUUUUAAAAUGUGUUUUUUUAUAAGACAUCUGUGCUUGGACACUGGUUCUAUCUUGGCGAGGCUUUUGAGAUUGUUGAUUUGGUCUGAACUUUUUGCAGUAUAACUGUGAUUUGAAAACAUGGAGCUUAAUGCUGCUAAUGCUUACUACUGCUUCAGAGUUUGUAUUUCCCACCUUAAUUUUUCCUUUUUUCUGUACUAAUAAGCAAAUCUUAUUAAACGUAGUUGUAUGA